UAUGGUAACAGUGACGCGUGGAAAGGAUACAGUUUAUGAGAAAUAAUGCCGCCGAAAAAGAAAAAGCAGAAGAAAAAGACGAAUUCUCCCAAAGAAACAGUGCUUGUCCCCGAGAAGACUCUGAAAGAGACAAUUCUAGAGAAACAUCUGCAAGAUAUUACAAGACAACUUGAAAAAUGCAAGGCCCGAGUAGCUGAACUACAAUAUGAAAAUACAAGUCUGGAAGAUGAAGCCACCAAGACACGGACGGAAAGUCAUGAAUACAUGAACUACAUGGGGAAGAAGACGGAGCUGAGGCAGAAGACAGUCGUCACUCUGAAUGACCACAACAAAGAACUCUUUCGUGCAAUUCAAGAAGAACGAAAGCAGAUAGAAGAAAAAUAUGAUGGCCGGAAAAAAGAUCUUGAAACGGUUCUUUUGGCAAAGAGACAUGUUCUUCAUCAAACGAAAAAAGAAAUGGAUGCCCUCCAAGAAAGUAAGUUUCUCCAAGAGGAACAGUUGAAAAGAAUCACUGAACUUGAAAAGGAAAUAAUCGAAAUCAGAAACCAUCAUGCAUUGAGUGUUGAAGAAUUGAAAGAGAAAUACAUAGAUGAGAAAAUGAAGUUUCGUAUGGAGGCAGACGAAAAAAUCCGUGUGCUUACCAAAGAGGCAAAUGAGGAAGCCAGGAAGCAUUUGGUUCAAUAUGCUGAGAUGAUAAAGAAUGAAAACAGAUCUUUGAGGAGACAACUUAAAUCUUUGAUUGUAAGCAACCGUGCACUUCUGGAUCAUCGGCAGCGACUGGAAGAACAACAUAAGACACUUGCUUGGAAAUUACAAUAUGCUGAAGACAUGAAGUCUUUACAUAGAAGACGUUUAAACAAAGCCUCUUAUCUCAACAAUGACUCCACUAGCAUUCUGGAUGACUUGGUGAAUUCUAAAAGUAUAGCUCUGAAGAAACUUUAUGCUGAAACAAAUCCUUGAUAUCUUUGGCUUUAUUUCAAGCUUCCAUGUAUAUAACUUUACUGUUUCUCCACUUAAAAUGUCAUUAAUGGUAGAUUGAGACAGCUUUUUUUAGUGACUGCAUUCUAAGGCAACUUUAGUUUUAACAUGGUUUAUUUCAUGGAGAUUCUCAACUUUGUUCUACCAAACAGUAAAUUAUCAGGAUCACAAUUGAGUGUGCUUUGUUUAUUUUUGAAAUUUCAUCAUUCUAUUGUAUACCACCAUGUCUACAAGAGUUAACUCUUUCAUCUAGCACAGUGAUUUCCAACCAUUUUUUAUCUAUGGACUUCUGUGAUUUCUAUUUACAUCGACCCUAGUACUCAACUGGUACUUAUUUUAUUGAUCCCGAAAGGAUUAAGAGCAAAGCUGAUCUUGGCAGAAUUUGAACUCAGCACAUGUAAAUGCCAUUAAUCAUUUUGCCUGAUGUGCUAAUGAUUCUGCCAUCUUGCCUUUUAUAUAUGUAUGUAUGUAUGUACACAUACACACACAUACACAUACACACACACACAUACACACGUGUGUGUGUAAGAGAGAAAAAUCUUAUGUUUGUAUGAGUGUAGGUGUGCAUGUCUCACUUAAUUCUUAAUCCAUUCAGUUCUGGAACCAACAAGUAAUUAAAUGUAACUGACUGGAUUAUAGCUACACCAAGAGAAACUACCGAGUGAUAUCAGAUUUUAUAGAUUUAGCUCUGAGAUUACAUUUACCAGCUGUGGCACUGUUACAUUAUAUGUUAACAUGGUUCUCCCUGCUAUAAAAACACGAUAAAUUCAGAAUGAAAACAAUUAAAAAAUAUGUAAUAGUUUUGUGAGCAUGGCCCACAGUAGCCGUUGAAAAGCCUCUAAGGCCAGGAAAAUCCUUGAAGCAGCUGAGAAAUAUUCUUUAGUCUGUAAUUGCAUUAUUCAUUGAACUGGCAUGAAUUGGCGGGAAUUGGUGUGAAUUGGCAUGGCUGUGGGGUUAAGAAGUUUCUGUCCCGUCUAUGUUGUCUUGAGUUCCGUCCCAAUGUGUGGCAUGUUAGGCAGAUGUUUUCUACCACAACUCCGGGCUGGCCAAAGCCUUGUGAGUGGAUUUGGUAGACGAAAACUGAAAGAAGCCCACUAUGUAUGUAUGUAAGCAUGCAUGUAUGUGUGUGUGUGUGUGUGGGUUUGUGUGCACAUCUAUGCGUGUGUGUUUUGUGUUUUCCCUCACCAUUGCUUCUAUAUUAUAAUAGAGAAAGCUGCUUAUUAAUUAAUUAUGUAACAGUUACUAAAACAAAGCAAUUAUUAAAGGUUUGACUGUCUGGAAAGUUUUUUAUAAAUUCAUGUUCCAAGAAA